UACUCCGUUGCGCUGUUUAUCUCUCUGUGUCGUUCUCUCUCUCAGCUUCUGUACAGGAUGCUGCGGCGUUGCUGUCGCUGGUACAUGGUGGUCGGAUUUGGGCUAGCCGUAGCCACCACCGGGUUGAUCUUUCUGCUCGGCUGGCGCGAUAUGUUCAACACGCUCGUGAUGGAGGAGAAGUCCCUGGCGCCCGGGACGCCGUACUACAAGGAGUGGCGCCGACCGGCGGUCCGGCCUGUUUGGCGCAUCCAGCUGUACAACUGGACGAACGCGGCGGCACAGCUCGCCGGUGAUCCAGCGCACACGGAACCACACUUUCAACCGGUCGGACCGUUCGUCUAUGAAGAACACACGGAACCGGUCGAUGUGAAGGUGUACGCGGCCAACGGCACGAUCGCCUACCGUCGGCGUACCAUUUUCCGGCUCAUGGACGAUACCAAUGCAUCCCAGCAGCGCAACGUAACCACCAUUAACCUGGCCCUGCUUGCGGUAGCGUCGGUGGCGCGCACGCUUAGCAGCGCUACGCAACGCGAACUCUCCUUUCUGCUGCACAGCCUCGACCAGACGCUCACCAUGACACGGCCGGCGGGGGAGCUACUGUUCACUGGGUACCGGGAGCCGCUGGUGGCCGCCGUGCGCCAACACAUUUGUGAUGAACGGCCGGGUGCGGCCGUCCUCUGUCAAGAGGCCACCGAUCGGAUGGCCCUCUUCCACACCUUCAACCUGACGCGUCGACCGGCCCACCAGCAGUACCAGCUCAGCACCGGGCUCCACGAUCACGGGUCGUACGGUUUGGUCAAGGGACCCGGUCGGUGGCAGCAGUCCGGUGGUUGCGGCCCAGAUGCGGAUCCCUUCAGCGGCUACACCGGUGACCUUUUUCCAUCACGCACACUAGACCGCACCCAGCCACUGGUGAUUGUCCUGCCGGAUCUCUGUAUGCGUGUGCGGCUGCUGUACGAUGGUGAAAUCACGGUAGACGGUAUCGUGGGAGCUAGGUACGUGGCGGAAACCGUACCCAAUGCCGAUGUCUGCCCGAUGGAACCGAACCGAACGGUACGUCCGGUCACGGCCGUCGGUGGUAUGCUCAACACGUAUCCUUGCGCUGGUUUGCCACUGUACAGUGUAGCCGCCGCUUCCUCCGGCAUCUUUCUGGUGGUCGAAACAGUGACGGGCAUCGUGCUGGAGUCGACGAUCGCCCUACGGUACGAGGCGAUGCUCGAACCGAGCAGCCUGCUCGCCCUGCUCCAGGAUGUACCGAGCAUGCGUGUCCCGGUCGUCGAGUUCCGGCGCCACUAUCGGCUACACCCGGUGCAAGCCGGCCGGUUGCGGCACCUGUUGCGGCUGCUCGAUACAGGGCACCGGGCCGCACUCGCCGGUACCGGGCUCGGAUUGUUUAUAGCCGCCACCGCCCUGGCGUACGCUCUGGUUGCGCACCGGAGGGCGCAAAGGCGAGGCCGGCAUGGUGACGGUCCCGGUGCGCUCCACAAGCAUCCAUCCGCAGCAGCCAACAGCGAGUAUCGCGUGGUCGGCACACACCUAGGCAGCGCCGACACUACUAGCUACUGAGCGCUACUAGAAGCAAAGCAAGGGGGCCUGCUCUCUAUUGGAAAUUGGUGAGGAGGUGGUUGUGCCGGGAAACAUGGAACACAUAAAAGCAAAGCAGAGUACUCCGGAGCUCCCCUGUAAGCAUUGCAGCACCGUGUCGAAAUGAUCCAAGCUGCUUGUGACUGGAGACAACAUUUCCAGGUCUAUUCUACACCCUACGAAAUUAAAAUGGCACCACCUACUUUUUUUCUCUGUAACAGACGAAUAAUUGAGCUCUAACUCAAUGCUUUCUGUUAUAUGUGGUAAAUUGUGUUCCGGAUUAAACCAGCUUUGAAAAGUUUUGAUCUGUGGAUCCGUUUUUUAGUAAAUCCAGAAAAAAAACUAAAAAAAGGGUGCGAAAUACAAAUAGCACCACCAAUGACUUUCAACAAAAUUCAUCCAUAUUUCUAAAAAUUCAUCAUUUUUCCAAUAGUUAUUGUCGUGUCAAUCUUUCAGAUGACUU